AUGAAGAAAUUAAAUCAAUAGAUGCAAAAAAUUGCAGGUCGCAAUAGCUUUUAAGAAUCUCCUUAACGAUUGGAAAAGAAAACCAUAAAAAACCCUGCUAAAACAGUUAAAACAGAAAGACCUUAAUAAAAAGGGAAAACUAAAUUAUAAGAUUAUUUUAAAAAAGAAAGAAACUCAUUAGCUUAGGUUGUAAAUAACAUUAGAGCUAAAUUGAAAGGAAGUAAAAGUAUUGAUAACAUGUUCCUUUAAACAUAAAAAAGUGAAAGGACAAAAACAUCAUAACAAAAUGUACCCCAUUUGAAUAGUCUAAAAUAGCAAAUUGAAUAAAGAGUAUAAACAGAUGAAGGGAAUAGCUCUAAACGUUUAAAUUUGAAAACUAAAAAUUUAUCAUUAGCUACUGUUUCAAUUGAUGUAUGAAUUAACAAAUAAAUGUUAUAGAAAAAAGAAUACUAAAAAUAACCUUCAACUACUAAGUAAUCUUACAAUUAAUCUCCUUCUAAUUAGUCAAAACCAAUUUUAAAUAAGUCUAAAUCCAAAGAUUAAUAUUUAUUUGAUUUGGUAUAUUAUAUUAUCAUUAUUUAUAGUUAAAAAAUGCUCAAAUGAUAUCAAAUCAAUAUUAAUAAUACUUUAAUUUGAAGUAAAAUAAGUAAUCUAUAUAAUCAGACACAUCAACAAAUCAUAGAUAAUCUAUUGAAGAUAUGUUGAUCAGUUAAAAAUCUACUAAAGGAUCCCCUCAACCUUAUUCAUCAAAAUUAUCAAAAAAAACAGAGGGUGAUUCUAAAUCACUUAAUUAAGGAUAUUCAAAAACUGAAUAGACUCCUAUAAUAAAAUAAUAGUCUAAAACUAAAAUAGAAGAAUAAUUAUAGUAUGAUACUAAAAAGCAAUUAUAAAUAGUUUUAUUCUAUAAAUAAACAAAGUAAUUUUUCAUUCUAUUACCUUAGAUAUUACUAUUUAUUUGAUUACAUUAAUUAAAAAACUGAUGAUUUAUAUAACUUUCUUAUUGAAUAAAUUGCAAGUAUUGAAGUGAUAUCAGCAAAAAUAGAAGGAGGAGGAACUGGUUCUACUGAAGACUAAUAUAUUUAAGAUGGUACAUAUAUAAUUAAUUUAGAAUUGAAUAAGAUUUGCCAAUUCAUUACAGUUACUAAGAAUAUUCCAUAUGAUUAUUACCUUUCAUUGCCAGAUCUACCUUUAAAUGUAUUUUAGGGUAAAAUACUUUAAUUGUAACCACUGUAUGAUUAGCCUAAAGAGACUUAGAGAGUUGGAUUAAAAGACUUUAAUUUGAUAAAAUGUAUAGGAGUAGGUGGUUUUUCAAGGGUAUAUUUGGUCAAAAAAAAAGACAAUGGUUAAUUUUAUGCAUUAAAAUUAAUUGAUAAAAAGUUCAUAUUUGAUAAUGCUAAAGAAAUAAUAGUAUAAAAUGAAAGAGACAUUAUGGUAAGAAUGGAAAAUUAGUAUAUAAUAAAAUUACAUUAUGCUUUCGAAACUAGAUUUUAUAUUGCUUUUGUUUUAGAGUAUAGUGCGGGAGGAGAGUUAUUUUAUCACUUGAGAAAAUUAAAACGAUUAAAUGAAUAAGAAGCAUAAUAUUAUUUUGUAGAAAUAUGCAUUGGAAUGGCCUAUUUACAUUCAUAAAAUAUUGUAUACAGAGAUAUUAAACCUGAAAAUAUUUUAUUGGAUUUGUAGGGUCAUAUGAUGUUAAGUGAUUUUGGAUUGUCUAAACCAAAUAUGGAAGAUGGAGAACUAGCCUAUUCCUUUUGUGGCUCACCUGAAUAUAUGGCUCCUGAAAUGUUAAUGAAAUCUGGACAUAGUUAUUUAGUAGAUUGUUAUUGUCUUGGAGCUUUGCUUUAUGAACUUGUUUCUGGAUUACCUCCCUUUUAUUCACAUGAUACUUCAGAAAUUUAUAAUGCCAUAUUGACUGAGAAUGUUUAAUUUCCAGACUAUGUUUAAAUUUCUGAUUAAUUAAAAGAUUUAAUAACUAAAUUACUUUAGAAAGAUCCUAAUAAAAGAUUAGGAUCAAAUGGUGGCAUUUCAGAAAUAUUAACACAUGUCUGGUUUCAUAAUGUUGAUUUUGAAGGAAUAGUAAAUUAGACUCUUCCAACUCCUUAUAAACCAGAACCUUUAAAAUAUAAUUUUGAUGAAGAAGAAUUUAAUAAAGGAGAUGCUGAAUUUAGAAAAUAAUAUGCAUUUAAUCUUCAAUAUGAAUUUUAAGUAUUUAUUAUUGAUAUAUUUAGAAUGUAGAUAAUGCAAAUUAUGAAUUGGAAAACUUCUAUUAUGCAAGACCAUAAGAAGAAUUAAAAAAUAGAACCAAUUUAGUUAAUACAAGCAAAUUAGUUUCUUAAAUUGUUUAAUAAGAACCAAUUUCUCCAAAUAAAUAAAUGAUAUCAAAAGUCAAGGUAAAUUUAUUAAAUAAUUAAUAAGCAUUCACCAUAAGAAAGUAAAAAUAUAUAGAAACCAAACAUUAAAAGUGAAGCUCAUGAUUAUUUCAAAAAGCAUAAUCUCUUAACAAAAUCUUCAUAAAUACUUCAAUAAUCUUUAAGAUUAGGUCAUGCUUAUUCUAAAACUUUAUAAUAGCCUUCAAUGUCAAUUCAAGAUUUAAAAGUAGUAAAAUUAAAUAAUUUAGAAAUUAAAAUCAUUGUUUGAUCAAUCUAAAUAAUUGUUAAGUUCUGAUAGAGUUACUACAAUUCCUGAUUAGAAUAAUAAACAAAUAUUAGAGAGAUUAAAAACAGAAUAAUUUGGUAAUUUACCUUCUCCAAAAACUACAACAAAUAGUGCUGCAAAUAAAUUAGCUAAGUUUUCUAAAUUAUUUGGAUCAGAAAAGAGAAAAAAAUGA